AUGGUAAAAUGGCUGAGAAGCAGAAACACGAAGGCAGGGUUAAGAUAGGACAUUAUAUCCUCGGGGACACACUCGGAGUUGGGACCUUUGGGAAAGUGAAGAUUGGAGAACACCAACUAACUGGACACAAAGUUGCAGUGAAGAUCCUUAAUCGACAGAAGAUCCGCAGUCUCGAUGUGGUCGGCAAAAUCAAACGCGAGAUCCAGAAUCUCAAGCUCUUUCGGCAUCCCCACAUCAUCAAACUGUACCAGGUGAUCAGCACCCCCACCGAUUUCUUCAUGGUGAUGGAGUAUGUAUCUGGUGGGGAGUUGUUUGACUAUAUCUGUAAGAAUGGAAGGGUGGAGGAUAGUGAGGCCCGGCGGCUCUUCCAGCAGAUUAUCUCCGGGGUGGAUUACUGCCACAGACACAUGGUGGUUCACCGGGACCUGAAACCUGAGAACGUCCUGCUGGACGGCAGCAUGAAUGCCAAGAUCGCCGACUUCGGCCUAUCCAACAUGAUGUCAGAUGGGGAGUUCCUAAGGACCAGCUGCGGGUCUCCCAAUUACGCUGCCCCAGAGGUCAUCUCCGGAAGGCUGUACGCUGGCCCCGAGGUGGACAUCUGGAGCUGCGGCGUCAUCCUGUACGCCCUGCUGUGCGGGACGCUGCCCUUCGACGACGAGCACGUGCCCACUCUCUUCAAGAAGAUCCGCGGCGGGGUCUUCUACAUCCCCGAGUACCUGAACCGCUCGGUGGCCAGCCUUCUGAUGCUCAUGCUGCAGGUGGACCCGCUCAAGAGAGCCACCAUCAAAGACAUCAGGGAACACGAGUGGUUCAAGCAGGACCUGCCGGGCUACCUGUUCCCGGAGGACCCGUCGUACGACGCCACGGUGGUGGACGAGGACGCGGUGCGCGAGGUGUGCGAGAAGUUCGAGUGCCCCGAGGCGGAGGUGAUGAGCAGCCUGUACAGCGGCGACCCGCAGGACCAGCUGGCCGUGGCCUACCACCUCAUCAUCGACAACCGCCGCAUCAUGAACCAGGCCAGCGAGUUCUACCUGGCGUCCAGCCCGCCCACGGGCUCCUUCAUCGAGGAGGGCAUGCCGCUGCCGCCGGGGGUCAAGCCGCACCCCGAGCGCAUGCCGCCGCUGCUGGUGGACAGCCCCAAGGCGCGCUGCCCGCUCGACGCGCUCAACACCACCAAGCCCAAGCCGCUGGCCGUCAAGAAGGCCAAGUGGCACCUGGGCAUCCGGAGCCAGAGCAAACCCUACGACAUCAUGGCCGAGGUGUACCGCGCCAUGCGGCAGCUGGAGUUCGACUGGAAGGUUGUGAACCCGUACCACCUGCGCGUGCGAAGGAAGAAUCCAGUAACAGGCAAUUUUGUGAAGAUGAGUCUGCAGCUCUAUCAGGUGGACAACCGCAGUUACCUGCUGGACUUCAAGAGCAUCGAUGAUGACAUCAUUGAGCUGAAGUCCGGCUCGUCCACGCCGCAGCGCUCUGGCUCCAUCGCCGGUCUCCACCGGCAACGCCUGAGUAUCGACUCGGCGUCGGUCGCCAUGGAGAUGCCCCAGCUCAGCAGCUCCCUGCCCGGCUCGCUGACGGGCAGCUCGCCGAUGCUGGCGCCGCGACAGGGCAGCCACACCAUGGACUUCUUUGAGAUGUGCGCCAGCCUCAUCACCACGCUGGCACGCUGAGAGGCCAGAUGCCCGUCAGCCAGCCCGGCUGACCGGCCAGUGCCCAGGUAGCUGGCAUGCCUCAUGGGCAGAGGUCAUUCGAGGCUGCCAAUGACCCCCACCCGUGGGCACAGAUAGCCUUCAAGUCAUUUUAAUCCCUCUCUCUCUCCCUCCCCUCUCUUCCUCCCUCCCUCUCUCCCCCAUCUGCAAUCAUGCUCUGCUGCUGACCAUGUCAUCUCUGUAGCAAUGCAGGACCUUCACAUUUGAACGGGAAAGAGUUCAACAGGAGGCCACUUCAUUUUUUUUUUUCUCUCUGGUUUUUAUAUAUACGUUUUAUCUUUUGUAAAAGAUUCCGAUUAUGUACAACAUGAUGUAUGAUACGCUAUAUUUCUAUUAAGAUUUAGAUUUCUUUUCAUAGAGACACAGAGGCUGAUUUAAACCGCAUACCAAAAAAAAAUUAAGUUUAUACAUACAAAUGAGGAAGAGAUCAUAGUUUUUGUUCUAGUAUGCAGAUUCAUAUUUAUUUUUUUCGAGGAAUGUUUUAUAGAAUAUACUAGAAUAUAGUUACCUUAUUUUAAGCACCUAGCGAAGGUGUGGCUAUAUGACCUUAAAUAUUUUUAGUGAGCUGAACUACGUGUGAGGGACGCAGGAGUCCUCAAGGUUAGAGCCAGUGAGGUUCAAGGCAAUAUUGUGUGGAAAAAUAAACGGAUGCAAACAGGCUACAGGCGGCUACGUUAGGCACACACCCCUUCCCUUUUAAUGACAACCAAAGCACACAGAGAUUUGCCCUGGCAUAUGUACAGUACAUGGCUAUGCCUGAGUUAUCAUGCUGAUAUGUUUCAGUUAUAUAUGAGAGGCUUGGAGUCUCUCUUUAAACACUACAUUUCAAGGUGAACUGAUCAAGUCAUUGUUUACUUUUUAAAUUACUAUCUCAGAUUCUGAACACUAGACUGGCACACAAUCUUCUGACACACAGAUCAAAGGUAUUCUUAGAUGUCUGUGCACAACGUUAACUAGAAAAGCACAUGCUCUUGUGGUCAGCAUAGCACUGUUUGAAAUUGACAGGGUAUAUAGUGAGGACCAUAUGUAGAUACACUGUGGUCUGCCAUAGUAUAACAUAUAUCAUAAUCUUAUAUAAUGUAAUAUAGACAUUAUCACACCAGUAGAAAUAUGGAGCCAUACACAGCGUGAUAGCACCGUAUGCUAGAAUGGAUCUGAGUGACAUGUAAUAGUGCUAUGCUGAUCAGCAAUUAAUUCACUACCCCUUCACAACAUUUAAAACGAAGGAUAAAGGUGGUGUGUGUAUGUUUGUGUAGCCUCCUCGUAAGCCUCGGAUGGAAACACAAGCCAAGGGCCAACAAAAACAAGAGCCACGGUAACCUUCCUCCAGUUGCCUUAAAAGGAAAAAAAAAAAUCGGUGUGUGUUGUCGUUUGACUGAGAAUACAUCAUUGUUUCAUUGUGGUCUUGAAGUAGAGAUUAUUUAUUAGCGCUGUUUAUUUAUGUACACUAUUUAACCUCACAUGGGAGUUGUUACUGUGAAUCCAAGUGACUAAAGAGGUGGGUGGGUUUUACUGUUUGUUUUUCUGUGCCAACAACUUAGCCGACUAAGUCACCACAGAAACAGGCAAAAGGGUGCAACGAUGUUGGGGAUGACAAAUUGCCACUAACGUGCUUCCAGGCUAAGGGGGCCUUAGCUAAUGGAAGCCUUUAACACACUGUUUCAAACUAGUUUCCCAGGACAUGGCUAGUCCUUGCAAAUGGAUCAGCUGUGUAUGUCAAACUCUAGUAUCAGUAGUAGAAAAAGAAUGCACGUACAAGCCAACUAUGCAGUGUGUGAAGUGUAUGUUUAUGAUUGGUUUUGAUUUGUACAUUUAAUGAAGCCAAUUGUAAACAUGCCAUUCUACAGUAGACUAUAUGUAUGUUAUAUUGUUACUUGAGUACUUGAUCAUCUAUGUAGUCUCCAUCCGUGUAGAAUCAAAAUAAGUUGUAAGUUGGAUAUAUAGCGCCCUCACCUGGCCAGUGUGUGUAUGGCAUUGCUAAUAGUCUGGAAACCUACUUAUCUGUAAAGAGUGGAUAAAGGGUUCUGUUGAGAGAAUGGUUCUGUUUGUCAGUGUGUUUGCAAUGUUCAGAUGUACUGUAUGGUAACAAAAAGAGAUUAUUCAUUUUCAACGUACCAGUUUAAACUGAAUGUAAAGUUAUUUAAAAGCACUGGGGCUUACAGUGAGAGUCAGUCAGUCAGUCAGUCAGUCACUUAGUGGGACAAAAUGGCGUCUAUCAUAUCAGACGGAUAUGACCGUUUUGUUCAGCUGAAGCCUUCUUGUGUUUCCUUAAGCUUUGUUGUUGUUAUUGUUGGUGUGUGUGUGUGUGUGUGUGUGUGUGUGUGUGUGUGUGUGGUGUGUGUGUGUCUAGGCCUGUGCAUUACUGCUGACAGAACGAUUUGGGAGGCAGAUUUGACUUUUCUGUAAUCUUUGUUUGUGUUCCUAACUGACUAAGUGCUCUGGACUGAGAUGGCCCUUUUUACCAAAGCCCAGAUGAGAAUACUAUAAUCCCACAGCCAUACAGUCAUCAGUUGUGAAGUUGUCAUGGCAAUGGAUGCACGUCAAAGUGUGACCUCGCAAUACCAAAUAGUCAGAGGAGGUUUCGUUGAAACAUCGCCCACUGAUGCUCUGCAUUUGCAACUGCACUUCACAAUGACUUCACUACUUAACUCUGUACUUUAGAGUGAGAGAGGUAAACUAUUAAAUAGAAAUGAUUGCAACCUUCAUGAUUUGUUUAUAUGCCAUCAGAUUCAUAUGAGUUACUGUAUGUUAUUUUCAUUACUUCUAUAAAGGGCAAAAAGUGUUAAACAGUGAUGUCAGUUGUACACAUGUAUGUACACCUGUAGAACAUGCCACCAAAGCAUCCCUCUCUCUCACACUACAGCUGUUUGAGUGAGUGUGCUGUGUCUUUUGUGUUGGUACCAAUGUUGGCUGUGUGUCAGUCUCUCUCUCUCUCUCUCUCCAUAGACAGGAGGGGAUAUCACACUUUCCUGAUGUGGAGUGAACUGCUGUUUUGUGUGCCCCUGUGUUUUUGUGGGUUUUCUGAGAAAGUUGUUUUCUAUGGUUGUUCUCUCUUGUCUCUGUGCUGUGUGUGUGUGUGUGUGUGUGUGUGUGUGUGUGUGUGUGUGUGUGUGUGUGUGUGUGUGUGUGUGUGUGUGUGUGUGUCUGUGUGUCUGUGUGUCUGUGUGUCUGUGUGUGUUGUGUGUGUGAUCUCUAUUUCACGUAUUAUGCACUGCAUGGAGUUACUGUUCUGAUUUGCACUUUAAUAAGUAUUUAUUGUAUUAAAAAUAAAGACAUCUAUAAUCAAGA